AUGGCAUGGUGGUGGCCACUCCUGCUAGAGCUGUUGAGAGUCUUGCCCACCUGGGCUGGGGACGAGCUACUCAACAUCUGCAUGAAUGCCAAACACCACAAGAGAGUGCCUGGCCCAGAAGACAAGCUCUAUGAGGAGUGCAUCCCCUGGAAGGACAAUGCCUGCUGCACCCUCACGACAAGCUGGGAAGCCCAUCUGGAUGUGUCCCCACUCUACAACUUCAGCCUGUUUCACUGUGGACUGCUGAUGCCUGGCUGUCGGAAGCACUUCAUCCAGGCCAUCUGCUUCUAUGAGUGCUCCCCAAACCUGGGGCCCUGGAUCCGGCCAGUGGGAAGCCUGGGGUGGGAGGAGGCCCCAAGUGGGCAGGGAGAGCGAGUCGUGAAUGCACCGCUGUGCCAGGAGGACUGUGAGGAGUGGUGGGAAGACUGUCGCAUGUCUUACACAUGCAAAUCCAACUGGCGUGGUGGCUGGGACUGGAGUCAGGGGAAGAACCGCUGCCCCAAAGGGGCCCAGUGCCUCCCUUUCUCCCAUUACUUCCCCACCCCAGCUGACCUGUGUGAGAAGACUUGGAGCAAUUCCUUCAAGGCAAGCCCUGAGCGACGGAACAGUGGGCGGUGUCUCCAGAAGUGGUUUGAGCCUGCUCAGGGCAACCCCAAUGUGGCCGUGGCCCGCCUCUUCGCCAGCUCUGCCACAUCCUGGGAACUGUCCUACACCCUCAUGGUCUGCUCCGUGUUCCUGCCGUUCCUUCCCUGA